AUGGACACCACACCCAACAGUGACGCAACGCCGAAUCCCACGGUACCCGGCCCUGUCGUCGCUACUCUAAAGAUACCGGAGUUUUGGCAGGCGGACUCGGAACUCUGGUUUCUGAGCGUCGAGCCACUCUUCCGACUACACCGGGUAACAUCGCAAUCAGCGAGUUACGACUAUGUCAUCGGCGCUUUACCACCUGCUGUCAUCGCCAUCGUAAGAGACAUUCUGCGCUCUCCGCCUCCUGACAACCCCUACGACACUCCUAAAGCAGAGCUUAUCCGCCGGACAACCGAGUCGGAACAGCGUAGGCUGCAGCAGCUGCUCACCGCGGAGGAGCUCGGUCACCGCAAACCUACGGAGCUUCUGCGUCGCAUGCGACAUCUCAUCGGGGACAACCCUGCUGCAUUGGACGCAUCCAUCCUACGAGAGCUCUUCCUACAGCGACUGCCGCAGCAGGUGCGGAUGAUUUUGAGUGUGUCCUCCAUGGAAACUCUCGACUCACUGGCACAGAUGGCCGACAAGAUUAUGGAUGUCGGUGCCCCGUCCAUAUCUGCAAUCGAGAGACGUGAUUCUUCUCACUUUGCGCAGGUCCGCGAUGACCGCUUAGACCGCCUCCUUCAAGCUAACGAGGAGCUCAACCGCAAAGUGGACCAGCUGGCCGCUGAACUGAGCUUGCUGAAAGCAGACCACCGACGCACUACUUCACGACAACGACGCCAAAGCCGCGAGAGAUCGCCAAGUCUGCCUCGCAGCGUCUGCUGGUGA